CUAAAAAAGAUGAUCUCUCUGCUAAAGCUUUGAAAGACAAAAAAGAAGAUAAGUGUGAUGAGAUAUGUGUGUUCUACGUCUGGAAGUACUGCAAACAUAAAGAUAAAUGCAGAUUCAUUCAUUACUAUUUGCCAUAUCGAUGGCAGAUAUAUAAUGGAAUCACCUGGAAUGACCUUUCCAUGAUGGAGGAAAUUGAAGAGGCCUAUUGUGACCCAAAAAUCAGCAGCAUGGCAGGUAAGAACAUUAAUUUCCAGACAAUGACCUGCCAUUCUUCUUCAGUUCGACGGCUCUCUACACCAUCAUCAGUCACAAAGCCCUCAUUUGUAUUGACUACACAGUGGAUUUGGUAUUGGAAGAACAACCAAGGCCAGUGGAUUGAAUAUGGAGAACAGGGAGAAGGGGCUAACGUGAACUCGCCAUCUUCUGAUAUUAUUGAGAAUUUGUAUCUAGCAGAUCCAGAUGCCACCAUAUCUUUCCAGGCUGGCUUGUAUCAUUACGAGCUGAGUUUUAAAGAAAUGAGCCAGACAAACAUCUCAACGAAAAUGCGAAGAUGGGUCUGCAGGCGACCAAAGUUUGUGUCUUCUGAAGAAGUGCAGAAGAUAAAGAAAGGCACCCAGAGGGAUUCUUCCAUUCCAAAUCAAGUCUGUCCUGUCCACUGGGAUCAGUCUGCACUACCUGACCUGGGAUACAAGGCAGUGGAGAUUAGUAAUACAACCUCUGAAUACAACAGAAUAAAGCACCUGUUUCUUCAGACUAUGAGAAGCUACAGUGUCCUUAAAAUACGGAGGAUUCAGAAUCCAUCCCUCUGGAAAGUGUUUCAGUGGCAAAAGGAGCAGAUGAAAAGGGAAAAUGGAGGGAGGGAAGUAAACGAAAGGCUCCUGUUCCAUGGAACCAAGAUCUCCUUCAUGGAAGCUAUAUGUGUGCACAACUUUGACUGGAGAAUUUGUGGAAGCAAUGGAACUAACUACGGAAAGGGAAGUUACUUCGCUAGAGACGCUUCCUAUUCCCACGCAUACUGUCAGCCGGCGAUGAAAAUAAGCAUGUUCGUGGCCCGUGUCUUGGUUGGAAAUUAUGUCAAAGGCAAUGCAGCCUAUGUUCGCCCCCCAGCAAAGUCUGUUGACGGGCUUCGGUUUUAUGACAGCUGUGUGGAUGAUGAGUUAAAUCCCUCCAUUUUUGUUGUCUUUGAAAAAUACCAGGUUUACCCAGAGUAUAUAAUAGAGUAUAAGGAGGAAGAAAAAAAAUGUAUUGUGUCGUAA